AAACAUACCAUUUUAUAGUUUUUACCUUUUUCAUAUUUCUCCCUUUUUAAUGCAAAUAAAUUUGUAGUUAUCUAAAUAUUUAUUUUUUUUUAAUUAACAAUUUUUUAUUCACCUAUUUAUUUUGAUUGUUUGGCUAAUCUGAAUGUAUAUUUGUAUUGCUGAUAAAAUCUUUUGAUAUAGAUAUGGCUAUGAGAGAAUUUUUUAUGGUUGCUAUUGUAUUGUGUACACUUUUAUGUUAUUGUGAAUCUGGAAAACUAUCAGAAGAUGAAAUUAUGGAAAUAGAGAAUCAACUUGAGCGAUUGAAUAAGUCAUCAAUCAAGACUAUAAAAACAGAAUUUGGAGAUAUUUAUGAUUGUGUUAAUUUUUACGACCAACCAGCAUUUGAUCAUCCUUUACUAAAGAAUCACAAAUAUGAUUUUCAGAUGAGACCUUCUUCUCGUCCCAACUCAAUGGUUAGAGAAGGCAAUCCUCCAAAGAAUGUGGAACAGGUAUUGAUAAAUGGUGGAUUAAAUAGUGAAAAAUGUCCAAUUGGGUAUGUUCCAAUAAGAAGAACUACUAAAGAAGAUCUUAUCAGAGCCAAAUUAUUUACAAAAUCUUAUAACUCGAGAAUAAAUUCCCCUCCUACUUUUCAUCAAUCGCUUGUUUACACAUCUGAUCCAACCAAAAAAUACAAUGGAGGUGGAACAAGUGCAAGUUUUUACACCCUAUAUAAUGUUGGUGGCUCACAAUAUACUUUUGGACGAAUGAAACUACAAAAUGGACUUGAUAUCAUUAAAGUUGGUUGGGGAGUGAAUCCUAGUGUAUAUGGGGAUAAUCGAACUCGGAUCUUCAUAUAUUUUCAGGCUGGUGAAUUAUCUUGUUUCAAUACAGUAUGUCCAGGAUUUGUUUUGGUUAAUCCUAAACCUAUGAUCGAAAUGAUUCUGAGAGAAACUCAUCCUGGUACUUUACCUACAUGGGAACUGGAAAUCAGUGUUUAUCGGGAUCCAAUUACUGGAAAUUGGUGGGUUGACUUUGGAAAGAAUUAUGAUCAAAUCGGCUAUUGGCCAUCAAGCAUAUUUAGUGGUGGACUAAAAGACUUGGCUACAUAUAUUGAUUGGGGAGGAGAAACUUACAGUCCACUUGGUCAAAUUGGUCCUCCAAUGGGAUCUGGUUUACUUCUAAAACAAGAUACUCGUUAUGAUGCAUAUUGUAGACUAUUAACAACUAUAAAUGAGGCACACAUACAGGAAGAUGCUAAAAACACAAAAAUUUCUUCCAUUGAUAUUGACUUUUAUUUAGUUAAAGAUUGGGGAUUUCAUCGUGGCUGGGGACAUAUCAUGACAUAUGGUGGCCCUGGCCCUAGAUGAUUUUUUUAUAUUGUAUUUUCACCAAACUUUCUUUGUCAUGAGAAAAAAUAAAUGUGUCGUUAUUUGUACUUUUGAUAGACUUGAUUAUGAAAAUAGUUGAACAAAAAAUGGGUAUAUUUUAAAUAUUAUA